AUCCUCUAGCCAUGGUUUGCAUCUCGGUGCGCCGCCGGUGCCCUCGAUCUCGUCGAAUUCAUUUCGGGCCUUUCUUUUUCUCUAUUUCUCGAUUCGGGGUCCCGGAGUCUGGAUACUGGAAGAGGUAGGGAUUCUUGAUAUUGCUUCCCUUUUUUAUUUACUGUUGUUUCUUGAUUUGAUCUAGUAGGACUAGUGCUUUUGGUCUCGCACCAUGGACGAAUCGUUCUCGGAUGCUGCAGGACACGUAAUCAGGGAGAGAGCAACUAACGGACUGAACCCUGGACUGGUGGUCUUGCUUUUUAUUGGUGGACUUGUAUUGUUAUUCCUUGUUGGCAAUUAUGCUCUCUAUACUUACGCACAGAGAACCCUUCCGCCUAGGAAGAAGAAGCCCGUGUCAAAAAAGAAGAUGAAGAAGGAAAGGCUCAGGCAGGGGGUCAGUGCCCCUGGAGAAUAAACAUGCCCUAAUAAACGAAGUGGGAGAACCCUAUCAACUGUUUCGAGGUUUGGUUCCAUGCCGACAUGCAUUUGAAACUUUGUGUUGUAGUAGUGCGUGUGAACUUUGAAUUUCCCUGUUCAGUUGGUGUCAGCCCAACUAGUACUGCUUGUCUGAAGAAGAAUUGUUGUGAUUUACUAGUCUUGAAUUGGUAUAUUAGGGUCCGAUCUCCUAGUACAUUUGUUUAGUAUCAAUAGUUUGUGUUUUCCCUUUCAGUUAAUAAAUAGUUCAUCAAUUUCUAGUAUAA